GCCGGGGCGGGCCGGAUGGCGGGCCGGGCUGGCUGGCUGGGGGGAGGCCCGAGCGCGGGGAUCAGGCAGAAAGUCAGGAAUCCCCGGGUGAAGCUGGCCAUCAGCUUCCCGCAGGAGCCCGAGGCCACGCUGGACGAAUCUGAUUUGUCCGAGGAGUUAAGUUUGGUGAAAUGUAACCAAAGAGUUCCAGGGUUGAUGGACUUCACUGAUGUAAUACCUAAUCAGCUGUUGCUGGUCUCGCUGUUGGAACACCUCUGCUUUGUUUACGAGCGUUGUCCUGAGAGGUCAAUCUGCCUCUUUAAGCUGCUCUGUCAAAAGUUGGCUGGAAUGCAUUUGAUUUCCCCGUUUACCUUCAGCGAUGAGUUCAGUGCCGUGAGACUACAGCACAAGGAAGCCUUUAAUAAUCUACUAAUGGCAGCACAGGAUGGUUUGUACACCCAGGACAACAUUAGUAGAGAUGCCUCUACAGCUUGUGUCAGCAGGAUGAAAGAAAAUCUCUUCCAAGGACAGCCAUCUCGGUACAUGAGCGAGUUCGAGGAAGUCAGUAGGCUGGGAAAAGGGGGCUAUGGAAAGGUGUACAAGGUUAGGAAUAAAUUGGAUGGACAAUUCUAUGCGGUGAAAAAGAUUCUCAUGAUGAAGGUUACAAGAUACGACUGUAUGAAGGUCCUCCGAGAAGUUAAAGUUCUGGCUGGUCUUCAACAUCCCAACAUAGUGGGCUACCACACUGCCUGGAUGGAGCACGUACAGCUGCCGCCGGCCCUGACAGGCAAUCAAGUGGCUCUGCGUGCACUAGUGGGUCCAUCUGGUCAAGUAUACCAAAUAGACAGUAAUGUUCAGAAGACGUGGAGUGGUGGCUCCAGCAUCGUUUUUGGCGACAGCGGUUCUGUGGCUGGAGAGGUGGAGGCGGACGGAAUGGAUGGGAACAUUCCGAAUAAGGUUAUCCAGAAGAACUGGGCAGCCGCUGCGAACAAACCUCUCUCUGAAUCGCUGGCCCCUCGUGUGUCAGGGAACUCCUUCAAAAUGAACUCUUCGGUGUUUUGUUCGGAGAGCAAGCUGGUCCGCAAGGUUACCAGGGACAUUUGCUUGAGCGCAAGAUCCCGACUGGAACAGUCCAGCUGCCUACCAGUCCCCUCCGUGGAGGUCAUGGAGGAGGAAGAGGCAACCGGCGACACAAGAGAAGGGCUUGCAGAACAUUCUUUUUCCAUGAACAGCAGUUCUUCAGAGGAUGACUUGUGUUGGACAGAAUCGAAGAUCAAUUUUCAUCUCAUGCUAUAUAUACAAAUGCAACUGUGUGAAGAAUCGCUUCAGGACUGGAUUAUGGAAAGGAACGCCAGGCAGAGGGAGAGAAUGUCACUUACCUGUCCCUUUCAUCUGGUGAUUCCUGAUUUUACCAUGAACAUAUUCCGUCAGCUGCUGGAGGGGGUGGAUAACAUCCACUCCAAGGGUAUCAUGCACAGAGACUUGAAGCCAAGGAACAUUUUCCUCCAUGGCUCCAACUGUCAUGUUCGGAUCGGGGACUUUGGCCUGGCCUGCAAAGAUGACAUCGAGAGUUUGGAUCCUUGGGCACCGACGAUCAGUACGGCUGAUUUGGAGCAUACCUCAGGGGUGGGAACUUCCCUAUACGCCUCUCCUGAACAACUGAAGGGUUCUCACUAUGACUUUAAGUCGGACAUGUACAGUCUAGGCAUCAUCCUGCUGGAACUCUUUCAGCCGUUUGGAACAGAGAUGGAAAGAAACAAAACACUCGCAGGUCUCCGAGAAGGGCACAUCCCAGAUACUUUCAGACACCAGUGGCCUGUACAGACAAAAUACAUUAAGCUACUUACCAGCAGCACAGCUGCCCACAGGCCCAGUGCAGCACAAGUACUUGGUAGUAAUCUCUUCCACAUUACAGAUGGGGUGGAACAUAACUUUCCACAACUGGAGGAGCUGCAGCAGAAGGUGGUGGAGCAGGAGGAAGAAAUCCGAAUUCUACGAGAGAAGCUGGUGAAUCAGGAAGCAGAAAUCAGAAGUCUGCGUGAAAAGGUGCUCAAUCAGGAAGAAGUCACAUUCGUUACUGGGAGAGGACAGAGUUGAGAUCUUCAUGUAGAAAUGUUCCCUCUCCCAUCUAAUGUUAUUUCUCCCACCUUCACUUUGAAUGGAAUGAAUGCAAAUUUAUGUAUGAAUGGAAUGACAGUAAAUUGUGUGGCUGUACAGUAUUCAUUUAAUGUUAUGUAAAAUAAGUAAUAUUUUAUGGCUAAUUCUGCACUAUUAAAUUAGGUGAAAUGAUGUA